CUUUUUAUACAAAUUUGUUCUUAAAAUUCUAAAAUAAUAUUAUAAAACAACAACACGUGAAUCGAAAAAUAAUCAGAAAAUUAAAUAUAUUAAAAUCUACUUGAAAUUCCAAUUUAUAAAAAAUAUAAAAUUAUAAAACAUGGAUUCAUCGCGAGAGCAAUCGCCCGUCGGUGAUGCUGGGGAAGAAAACGCUCACAGAUAUGGAAGGGCGGAGGAGGCGCUACUUGAUGAUGAACGGCAACAGUUGACCGAACAACCACAACAACAUUUGCUAGAUUUACAGCAUGAGAAGCAGCAGCGGCAGCACUUGCCAGAGCAACGCCAAUUCACCGAAGCAAUAGUGCCACAUUUUGCCGUCGAAGAAGAAACACAAGGUGUUGCUUCGGCUUCGGCUUCAGCCUCCGCUUCUGCUUCUGAUGCUGCCUACGAGGCUGAUGUCGAUGAUGUUGAUAUGCCAAUGGUUGCCGGUAAUCAUAAGCAUGGGCAGCAAGUGGCGCGCGAAGUUGCAAAAGUGCCGUACGCACCAGCUGAAAUGACGUUGAGCGCACAGCAGCGACGUCACGCUGAACGCCAGCAUAUUUAUGAGCUUUUUCAGCCCUGGGCAUUGAAGAAUUACGGCGAUCAAGCCAAGACGAAAACCAUAACGUUGCGUAAGAAAACACGCAUUUUGAAGGCGUUGGAGGGUAAAGAGCAUAGUCGACCGGAUAGUUCGAAAUUUCGUUUCUGGGUGAAAACCAAGGCUUUCACAACCAAACGUCCAGUCGACUUUAAGGAAGCAGCUGGUGGUCAUCGACAGCUCGAACCGCUCCCCUCGAACGCUGUGCUCUCGGAUAAUCCAAGCCAAGUAGACCUAUUUGUAGCUUCAACCACAAAGGACUUUGGUAAACGCACCUAUCGAAAGGUGGCCGUUGUUGAAGAAUUCUUUGACAUUAUCUACAAUGUACACAUGGAAUUGGGUGGACGCAGUGGCAUGCAUGCUGGACAAAAGCGCACGUAUCGCAUCAUCACCGAAACAUAUGCUUUUUUACCGCGUGAAGCUGUCACACGUUUUCUAUCCAUUUGUCCAGAGUGUAAGAAGAAUUUACGCGCCGCCUCACCAGCCACAUCCAUCAAUCCACCGGAGGAUUGUGGCAACGAAAGUUCAUCGGAAGUUGAAGGACUCAAUUACUCAUCACAUACAGAAAGCUCUGUCGAAGCAGGACCUACGAAAUUAAGCAGCGCUGCCAGUCUAACAAAAGUAGCAACCGCCAGCACAAGCAUUGCGCACACACUGGCGCCACUAAAACGUCGCUACUCGCAACUUGAGGAAGCUUCUGAUAACAUAAAAUCAAUGCCGUCAUCGCAAUCGAUAGCACGUGCAUUGCUGGCAGCACCUUCACGGCAACCUCUCGCAGCACCAGCCUCACUACCCCGAUCCAGCUCAACAGAUACAGCUGCAGCCACAGCGGCAGCAGUAGCACCCAUCAUUACCAUCGAUUUGGUAUCCGAACGAACGGCGCCUUCAGCUAAGCCAUCGCCAGCACCAAUUGUCGGGCAACCGAAAAUACGCAUCAAUCCACAAUUACAGCGUCCGUUGACUCCGCCUCCUGUGCCGGUUUCAGUUUCGGUUUCGGCAACAGUCUCUUCAACAUCGACAUCGCCGUCACCGUCACCAGUGGUGGUGCGCGAACCGGUUACGCAUGCGCCGCCUCCUUAUCUCGGCUAUCAUCCCCUUUGUUUAGAUAUGAAUUUCUUAAAGACACACGAGAGUUUCUUUCGUUACUACGAAAUGAUGCGUCGUUUCUACGCCGGCGGUUUCCCGCUGCCAAUGCCACCAAUGCCGGCUGAGUUUACCGGCGCAGUUGAUUUGUUCGGCACUCAGCGUAACACCAACUCAGGUGUGGCUCGCAGUUCUGCCAUAAACCCAGCCGUUAGCAAUAUAAAGCAGCCUUCUGGCACACAAGAUCGCUCAGCAAUACCUGAAAGUCCCACCAUUCACACCAAACCAAUUAACACCCAAGAACCAUUAAUAAAAAAAUUCAAAAGCUCACCAGAAAGUGAGAAAAUCUUGAGACGGCGCACUGACUCCACUGAGUCACAAGCACGUACCUCGACCGGUGCUGCUGCUGCUGCAGUGGCUGCGUCCACGGCUGCUGGGCUGGAAAUGCUUACUGAGGCAAUGGCGCCGCUGCCACCUCACUCCCCUCCCCCCACACAGCUCAGUGCAAUUAAUCUCUCAACAACUUCUACUUUCAGAUCUACACGCUCGAAUGGCACAUCAACGUCACACUCGAAACCGCUCACAACUCUGUCACCCAUCGUCAUACCAAACACACCGCUAACAUUAUCAUCGUCAACGCUCUCACAACUUGUCACCUCCACACCCACUGCACUCAAAAGCAAUCUGUCAUCGGCACUUUCAUUCAAGUCCAACACUACAGAAGUGAAAGCUUCUUCGUCCAAGUGUGCGUCGUCAGUUGGCGCUGAUAAUCGGCCAGCAUCUUCAAUGACUACUCGCUAUUCUUCACGCUUGCCGCCUUUGGAUUUGGAGCGUUUGAAACCGAUCACUUCAACUUACUUGCAAUUGACCCGCAGCAUGGGCUUAAGCGAUGAGGACGCCUUGCGCUUUGACAACCUGUUCUUCUUUUCUAUGUCAUGCUUGGCUUGAAAACGUAACAAAUGUAUAAAAAACACACACACACAAAAAAAAACAAAAACAAAAAACAAAUGCAACAACAACACUCACCUUGCAUACAACUUUAACGAGGAUAAAAAUGUACAACAACUGCAACAACAAUACAAUAUCCUGACGCUUGUGUGUAAACGCUACAACUGCACGGCUUCUGCUGCAACUGCAACUGCACGCGCUUAUGCUACUGCUUGUGCUUCUGCCACCGCUGCGGCUGCUAAUUGAACGCUUCGCUUGUUGAAUUGCUUGAGUACUUGAAUAUAUGCUUGCGCUAAUUCUUAUUGCCAUUACGUAAGCGUAGCGUAGAUACUGGAGUGCUGCAAAUAUACAAAAUAUUAAAAAAAUGCAAAAACAAAUCAGUCAAAUCACCAACAACAAGCAAUAGAAAAUCAUAAAAAAAUCACUAUAACAACAACAAUAGUAAAAGCAAUAACCAAACGUCAAGCUAGCACACCAAAAACGUAGAAAAAGUAUUUUUUAGACUUAAAACAUAAACCAAAUGUGCACAGUGCAACAACAACAACUACAAACAGCUGCGUGUAUUAUACAGUAGAUUUUUUUUAAAUUUUUUUAAUUUUAGUGCGAUUUUUAUUUACUUUAAUUUAUUUGAAUUUUGCUUUAUUUUAUUUAAGCUUGAUUUGUUGCGCGUUUUUCUUGCUUUAUUGAUCUCGUUCGCUUAUUUUAGUAUUUAUUUUUGUAUGUAUGCAUUUAUUUUUUACGCAUAUGUACAUAUGUAUGUGUACAUGUGUGCUUGUUGUAUGCUUUGUAUUUAGCUGAAUGCUUUUAUAAUAAUUUUUCCGUUAUGUACUCAUUUACAUUUUUUGUCUCUCUCUCUCCCUCUCGCUCUCUAAUUUUUUUCUCUACACAUUUUAUUUAUUUAUUUACUUUU